CUCGCGUUGUCUCACACACACCGAAGGGCCUGGCAAGGCACAGGGAGGGUCUCUGCGAGACUGAGGGUCCGGCUGGUCCCCACCUCAGCUCCAGCUCCGCCGCUGCACUUGCCCGCCGAGGGUCCCACCUGCUCCGGAUUCGGUAAGACUCUGGAACCACCCAACCCUGGCAGUCUCAGGCCCAACUGCCCGAGCAGAUCGCGCCGGACGCCUGCGCACGAGGGCAGGCGGGCACUCCCAGAAACCCCCGCAGCGCCACCGCUGCGCGAGCGGGUUUUAGCUGCGGAGUCCGGGAACCUGGAGGAGGGUUUAGUGAACUGGGAUUCCUAGCGUCCGGACGGUCAACCACAGCCCUCCCGGCGUUGGACUACAUUUCCCAGAGCCACCGCGUCCCCAAGUGCGGCUUCAUUUCCGUUUGUUCGCGCGAUUUGGGGACCUCGCGAGGGGAGGGCAGCGCUUGUGGAGGAGCUUGGCCCGGCUCCGGCUGGGCGGGCGAACCUGAAAUCGGGGCUUGGACCCCGGGCUCCAGAUCCUGGAUCCUGAACUGCACCUUCUGUCGAGAGCCCAGAGGAGGAAAAAAAUGGCUGUUAUACAUUCAAAAGCAAGGUCCAAGCUCUGCCUUUUUGAGACUCUGUGCUUCUCUAAGCUAGUAAUCCAGAGGAGGAUGGAUCAUUUCUUGCAGCGCUAAAAACCAUGGCUCAGUAUUAUAUUUGUUGUUUCAGAGAUCAGUGAUGUUCAGGGAUGUUGCCAUUGACUUCUCUCAGGAAGAGUGGGAAUACCUGGACUCUGCUCAAAGGGAUUUGUAUAGAGAUGUGAUGUUGGAGAACUAUAGUAACUUGGUGUCACUAGUAGCACUCUGAAGAAAUUAUUCCACUGUCUUCUGGCUUCUAUUGUGCUCUUGAGAAGUCUGCCUUCUGUCUCAUUAUUGUUCCUUUUACUUGCCUUCGAGGAGUGUAAAUAAGGACUUAUCUCCAAAAAAAGACAUUUAUGAAACAGAAUUAUCCCAAUGGCAAAUGAGUGCCAGGCAUCAAAACUGUGAUUUUGAGGAGUCCAGUUCCAGAGAUUAUUUGGAAGUCAGAGGCACAUUGGAAAAACAAGAAAACCAGGAGAAAUAUUACAGGCAAGGGAUGAUUAUAUAUGAAAAGAUGUCCAUUUUCAACCAGCAUACUUACCUGUCUCAACACCCUAGGUGUCACUCUACUGAGAAACCCUACAAAUGUAAGGAAUGCGGGAAGGCCUUUAGACGAGCCUCACACCUAACUCAACAUCAUAGUAUUCAUACUGGUGAAAAACCAUAUGAAUGUAAGCAAUGUGGGAAGGCCUUUAGUCGUGAUUCACAGCUCAUUCUUCAUCAGAGACUUCAUACUGGUGAGAAACCCUAUGCAUGCAAAGAAUGUGGGAAGGCCUUUACUCAGAGCUCACAACUUAUUUUACAUCAUCGAAUUCAUACUGGUGAAAAACCAUAUAAAUGUGAAGAAUGUGGGAAAGCCUUUAUUCGUAGCUCACAACUCACUCGACAUCAAAAAGUCCAUACUGGUGAGAAGCCUUAUGAAUGUAAAGAAUGUGGGAAGGCCUUUACUCAGAACUCACAACUUACUCUACACCAGAGACUUCAUACUGGUGAGAAACUCUAUGAAUGUAAAGAAUGUAGGAAGGUCUUUACUCAGCUCUCACAACUUAUUCUGCAUAAGAGAAUUCACACCGGUGAAAAACCCUAUGAAUGUAAGGAAUGUGGGAAAGCUUUUAUUUGUGGUUCACAGCUUUCUCAACAUCAGAAAAUUCACAAUGGGGAAAAGCCAUAUGAAUGUAAGGAAUGUGGAAAAGCAUUUAUUCGUGGCUCAUUGCUUAUGCAACAUCAGAGGAUUCAUACUGGUGAAAAGCCCUAUAAAUGUGAAGAAUGUGGGAAAGCCUUUAUCCGUGGCUCACAACUUACUCAACACCAGAGAAUUCAUACCAAUGAGAAGCCCUAUGAAUGUAAGGAAUGUGGAAAGACCUUUAGUCAUGGUUCACAACUUACUCAACAUCAGAGAAUUCAUACUGGGGAGAAACCCUAUCAAUGUAAGGAAUGUGGAAAGGCUUUUAAUCGUGGCUCACUCCUUACUCGACAUCAAAGGAUUCAUACAGGUGAAAAACCCUAUGAGUGUAAAGAAUGUGGAAAGACUUUUAGUCGUGGCUCAGAACUGACUCAACAUGAGAGGAUUCACACUGGUGAGAAACCCUAUGAAUGUAAGGAAUGUGGGAAGUCUUUUAUUCGUGGCUCACAGCUUACUCAACAUCAGAGAAUUCAUACUGGUGAGAAACCAUAUGAAUGUAAAGAAUGUAGAAUGGCCUUUACUCAAAGUUCACAUCUUUCACAACAUCAGAGACUUCAUACUGGUGAGAAACCCUAUGUAUGUAACGAAUGUGGGAAGGCCUUUGCCCGUGGCUUACUACUUAUACAGCAUCAGAGAAUUCAUACAGGUGAGAAACCAUAUCAGUGUAAGGAAUGUGGGAAGGCCUUUAUUCGUGGUUCACAGCUUACCCAACAUCAGCGAAUUCACACUGGAGAAAAGCCCUACGGAUGCAAGGAAUGUGGGAAGGCCUUUAGUCAUGGCUCUCAACUUACUCUACAUCAGAGAAUUCAUACUGGUGAAAAGCCCUAUGAAUGCAAAGAAUGCAGAAAAGCAUUUACUCAGAGCUCACAUCUUUCUCGACAUCAGAGAGUUCAUACUGGUGAGAAACCCUAUCAAUGUAAGGAAUGUGGGAAGGCCUUUACUCGUGGUUCACAACUAACUCAACAUCAGAGAAUUCACAUCAGUGAUAAAUCUUUUGAAUAUAAGGAAUGUGAGAUAGACUUCAGUCAUAGCUCACAAGUUUAUAUAUGAACUAAUCCAUUAUCAUCAAAGAAUUCCUAAAAUGUGAAUAUGGGAGCAUAUUUGCCUCACAAAAUUCAGCAUCAGUGAAUUCUAUUGCGGGAAAGAUACUGUUAAUGUAAUCCAUGUAGAAAAACCUAUCAUUACUGGAAACCUAUUAAACAUUAGCAAAUUAUAAUAGAGAAUAAUUCUGUUAAUAUAGUAAGUAUAUCAAGGCUUUUAGCUAUAGAAUAGGUCCUUUUCAACCUUAUCUUGACUCUACCAGCUACUUUCCUUCAUGACAUUUAUCAUAAUUAAUGUCUGCUUUCGUUUAAUCAUUUGUAAGAUAGGCCUAAGAAUAAUACCUUCCUUGUAAGAUUCUUGGAAGUAUUAUGUGAGACGUUUCAUGUAAAGUUCUUAGAGCAGUGCCUUGAACAUAGCAUAUCACAAGUAUUAGCUAUCAUUAUUACUAGUAUGAUUUUAGAGAAUUUGCAUGAGAAGAGGACCUUAGGAGUAUAAUGAAUAUUGAGAAAUCUUUCAUUAACACUUGACCCUGAAUAUUUAAGUAGGGGACACUGUAUGCUGUAAUGAAUAUGAGAAAGCUUUUACUCACAUCUCAUCCCAUAUGCUAAAAAAAGAAAAUUCAUACUGUCGAAAAAACCCACAAAACUUUGUAGAUUUAAUCAGUGGCCUGUUGAAGAGGGGUGAAGUGAAUUGUAACAAAGUCCAAAAACUCCUAUUUCCUAUCAUUUUUUUACCACAAUUCAAGAAUAUUAUUUAGAAAUGAAAAAAAAAAAUGGAUAGCCAAAAUAAAUUUUCCUACUAGGAAAUUUCUAAAAACUUGAAUGUACAGCUUUUGAAUUAAACUAAAAAUAAAUUGACAUUACUAUUUUUCAGUGAAACCUGAUGACAGUCUGUCAGAGACUGCUAUUUCCCUACCCAAUAUCCAGUUUUCCGUUAUAAUUCUUGGCUGAAAAAUCAUCUCAGCCCCUCUUGUAGGUUAAGAAGAUGGAAGUGGUACUUGUACACGUAGGACAUCUAAGAAUAUCUUUUUUCUCUCUGCAUUUCUUUGUUUCCUUGCCUAAAAUGUGGACAUUUAGCUUAUAGCUUUGGUGAUUUUAUGGGGAGUUUGAAAAUGGUAUCUGGGUACUAAGGAUGAUGGAGUAGAAAUACAGAAUGAGUGUAUACCUGUACUAAUUUUAUGGAACAGCUGUACCAAUUCUGGUCUGCCUGCCUCCUGUAUUUCUUUAUAUAAAAUUAAAAUAAACAUAUUUGUUGGUGCUGUUGUCA